AUGUCUAAUCUCGUGAACAAACUUACGGAUAAGCUUUCAGGCAACCACCACCACGACCAACAAGGUGACGAUUACGACGACUUCCAGAGUUCUGGUCGCGGCGGAGGCUCCAACUACGGCCAAGGCCAAACUGGCCAGCAUGGCGGCAAUCAAUAUGGUGGCAGCGGUAGCUACGACCAAUAUGGUUCACAAGGUGGCCAGGGUGGCCGUGGAGGCCAAGGCUAUGGAAGCCAACAAAAUUACGGGGAAAAUUACUCCGGUAGCGGUGGAGACAGUAAUUUUUCUGACGAAUACGACAACCAAUUGAACGACAGGGUGCGGAACAAGAUGGGUGACGAGUACACAAACGAUGAAUGGAGUGGCAACCGUCACGCCCAGGGAUUCGAUAGCAGCGGCGUGAAAACUAAGGACCAAAAGUGGUAA